AUGCUGCGUCCACAACUUCUCACACGACGAAUACGAAAUCCCCUCGGGCCACUGCGGCCACCCAUAUACUACACACAACCCACGAAACCCCGCUUCUUCACCAUCAAUGGCCCGCAACUCAUUAUCACCUUGCCCUCCGCCCGACACCGACCACAACUCCCCUUCCUCCAUUCCCCCUCCACCGCCCGAUCAACCCCAACAACCGCCAACCGCCUUUUAAACGCCGCCUUACUCCGCCUCCACAUCCCCCGUCUAAUCAGCACAGAGCGCAAAGCCUACUAUCAGCGGAUAUACCGGGGCUUGAAAAUCGGUCUCAGCGUGUAUGCAGCCAUAGUGCUCCUCUUCGUGAUCCGCGUGGGGUUCUCGCAAGAGAAUUAUGAGCGGCUCUUCCCCACACCGCCAGAAUGGACAUUUAGGAGCCGUUGGAAGCUGCGUACGGCGCGCGCUAGAGCACAUCCGGAGCUCUUUCAUAAACUACAGACGAGCUGGGCGAGCGUGGGGACAUUCUAUGUGGAUCUGUUGGCGAGGUUGGAGGAUCCAGAGAUCGAUGGGAAGGGGCUGAAGGAGCAGGAUGAAGGGGGUUUACUGAUUGAGGGCGUCGGGAAGGCUGGGUAUGAUAUUUCGGGUAUGAGUGAGGCGUGGAAGAUCGGUUACUUCCAGGCGCUGAUGGGAGCGGGAGAGGCGGCGGAGAAAUUGGAUGGGUGGAUGGAGGAUACAGAGCAACAGAUUGUUGGGCCGGCGGAGUGUGUGCUUGGUCCGUCGAAUGUGAUGCCGCAGCUUUUACCCGGAACGAAGAAGAUGCUCAAGGAGGAACAUUGUGUGCCGGCCUAUCAGAGUCCGGAAGCGUUUUAUGUGAAGAUACUGACGACGAAAGGAUUUGGGACGCAUCAGAAACUCGAUGCGGCACUUGCCUAUGCUGAUUGGCUAGAUUUCAAGGGUCUGAAGGAGACGGCGGGAAAUGUAUAUAGCUGGGCGAUGGAUAUUGCAACUGCCGAACUCCCAGGGGACGUGGACCCGAACAAGGUUGUGGAUCGGAAAACCGGCAUACUGAAAGAGCGAGGGAAUGCGCAUGUGACGGAGAACUUAUUACGGGCGUCGACUGCCCUGGGUGUACACCAGGUACGCCUAGGUGAUUUGCCGACUGCAUUAUCGAUUUUUGUGUCUGUCCUGAGAGCUCGUCGAUCUCUUCCACAAGAAGAGCAUUCUGCCUCAAUAACCGAGCAAAUUUCCUCUCCUCCAAAUGCGUCGAAGGCAAAGAACGACUCCGUCCUUACCCUCGUCCCCAAAUCCAUCCUCUCCUUCCUUACCCCCCCUGCAUAUCCCCUCCCAACCCGGACCGGCAACGAACGCGCCAUGCGUUCCAUUUACACCGCCUGUGAAGAGGCAGGACUAAUGGUGUACAUUGGGGAGAUAAUUUUCGCCGCCUCGUCUCACGAACGUGGCCUAGCAUGGACCCGUGACGCAGUCGACCUAGCCGAAGCCACCAUCCUCCAACUCAAUGCCGAAGAAGAAGAACAAAACCUUAAUUCCAAUUCCAUGUUCAUGACAACGAACAACGCCAGCAGUGGCAGCUUGUCCAUGAAUCAUUCCGACACGCACCAGCGCUGCCGGGAGUGUGUCAAGGCGGGCCUGGACAAUUGGAAGCAGAUGGUGCGACAGUUGGUUGUCAAGGCGGAGAAUGAAGAGUUGGAUAGUAUGGAUCAAGUUGGCAAGUUGUCGUGGUUGUCGUGGUGGGCUGGGGGAAUGAAAAGGGUGAAGCAGAAAGAGAUGGAGAGGAAGCGGUGGGAGGCUGAGGAAUUGAUUGUUCAGGAUCGCGAGAGGGCAUUGAGGUACAUCCUGGGGAAUCCGGGGUUUGCGGAUUAUGGGAUGUCGAUAGUUGUGGGGUGA